CGUCGAAAUACCAAACAGCCAAAAUGCCAAAUCUCCAAAAGCCGUUGAAAUACCAAACGGUGGAAAUGUCGAUCUUUUUGUUCUUUGCAGGCUUAUUGUUAAUUUUAGGACAUUUUUGUUUUGGUUAUUAUUUAAUUACAUAAAUGACAUCGAGAAUUCAUUCCAAAUUAUGUCAAUUGUUGAAAAGACAAAAAAAUGUUGAUAAAGAAAAAGAAGUGAAAAUUGCGCCAAUAGAGCAAAUAAAUGUUGAAGAAGAAGGAUUAAAUGUUGUUGAACUAGAUGUGGGUUCUACCCAAAAAGGAGGAUUGUCGUUGUGGUAUAAUUCGUAUCGCUAUAUAUUUACAUCCAAAAAUUGCAAAUCCUGGCGCUGCUCCGAUCGGCCUUGUUCGGCAAAAGUUAGUGUGCUUUCAAUUGAGGGCGAUCAUGCUCGAGGUAUUCUAAUGGGAGAGCAUGAUCAUGUUGGAGAUCCUGUUGGGCUUGAGGUCGAGAAGAGACGUAAGGUUUUCAAUGAAAGAAUACGAGAAAAUCCAACAGUGAAGACUAGGAAUUUGGCUGAAGAGUUAAGAAAAGGGACAUCUGAAGAUACGGAAUUGUUAGUUAGAUUUGGCACGGAUAAUGCAGUCCAACAACGAGCAGCAAGGAUGCGCAAAAAGGCAAUUGGACGUGUUACUAAAAGACAGUUGGAAAUGGGAACAGCUACAAGUUUUAAGAAAAAGAAUAGUGAAUGCGAAAAGGAUGAUUCAAGUCUUUUCGAUUUUGCCCAGUCUUUGUAUAAAAAGUGGGAAGAAAUGGGACUUGUACAACUAUGGAACAAUGGAGAAAUUGAAGGGAAAUCGGCAAGAGAAUCUUUUCGUUGUCUACUUGCUUUAACUUUAAUCCCAAUUCAACAUGUGCGGCGGGCUUUUUGUUUACUAAUGGAGGAAUCUCCACUUGGAUUAGAGGACUAUUUUGCAUAUUUUUGUAGCGCCUACAUUGGAAUGACAGAAUUUGAGAAUCAGUUGGGUUCUAGCGCUUUCAGACCAGGAAUUGAAAUGGAACGCGCCUCUCAUAUUGGCUUUGGUUUAACAACUUCCGCAUCUCUUGCUGAAUGUAAAUAUUCCUGUUUGUUUAAAUAAUUUUUCUAUUCUAGCUCGUUUUGGUUCAUUUGCUUCAACUUCUUUGUCUACAAAUUUUGAACCUGCCAGUGGAACAUUUG